AUGGUCGGCCGCCACCCUCGUCCCAGGGCCCCGCUCCUGGGCAUCCUGCUCUUGCUGCUGCUGCUGCUGCUGCUCCGGCCCGGCACAUCGGGCGCCCUCGCCCGACGCGGUGUCUCCCCCCCGGGCCCGGCGCCGGUGUCCCUGGCGAUGGCCGACGCCCCGGGACCGGCCAGCCCCACGGCCGACCCGCCAGCAUGCCACCCCACCUGUGCCCAGUGCUUCGGGCCCACCGGGCAGGACUGCCUCCGGUGCCCGGACGGGCGGGCCCUCCACCAGGGGGCCUGCCUGCCGGCCUGCCCGGCCGGCUUCUUCCCCACCCCCUCCACCGAGGGCACCCUCUGCCGGAGCUGCCACACAUCGUGCGCCGGCUGCAUCGCCUCGGACGCCGGGGCCUGCACCGCCUGCCAGCCGGGGCUGGUGCUGCUCGAGGGCCGGUGCCAGCCCGGGGCCUGCCCGGCCGGCACCUUCCCCGACCCGACGUCCGACAGCGCCCCCUGCCGCGCCUGCCACCGGUCGUGCUCCACCUGCACCGGGCCGGAUGCCGGGCACUGCCUCUCCUGCCCCGGGCAUGCGGUGCUCACCGGCGAUGGGGCCUGCCGGCCGGCCUGCCCGGCCGGGCACUACCUCUCCCCCGAUCGGGUGCCCUCCUGCCGGGCAUGCCAUGCCACGUGCGCGGCCUGCCGGCACGGCCAGGCGGCCGACUGCACCGCCUGCCCGGCCGGCCGCCAGCUGUCCCUCGGCCGGUGCGUGUCCCCCUGCGGCCCGGGGGCCACCCUCCACCAGGAGGCCUGUGUCGCCUGCCAUGCCUCCUGCACCGAGUGCUCCGGCCCCGGGCAGGGCCACUGCCUGGCCUGCUCGGCGGGCCUCUGGCUUGGGCCCGAUGGCCGGUGCCUGGGCCAAUGCCCGGCCGGGUGGUUCCCCGAGCCGGCCCCCGGCCGCCGGUGCCUCGCCUGCCCGGCCCCCUGCGACCAGUGCGUCAGCUCCACCGAGUGCACCGUCUGCCGGGCGGGCUGGCAGCUGGACCCGGGGUCCAGCACCUGCCGGCCGGCCGCCGGGGCCUGUCCCCAGGGCCGGUACCCGGCCGCCGGCAAGUGCCUCCCCUGUCACCACUCAUGUCGCGCCUGUUCCGGCCCCUCGGAAGCCGAGUGCCUCCUGUGCCCGGCGCACCGGGUGCACUGGCCCGGCGCCGGGACCUGCCCGCUGGUCUGCCCGGCCGCCGAGUAUCUGGAGUCCGGCGACCCGCCGGACCCGACCGGCCGCCGGUGCGCCCCCUGUGCCCGCGGCUGCCGGGCCUGCGCCGGCCCCUCGCCCAGCGCCUGCUCCCAAUGCCAGGCCCCCUUCCUGCAGGUCGGCGACCAGUGUCUGGCCUCCUGCCCGGCCGGCUUCAUCCAAGUCCCGGACCUGACCCAGCCGGAUGUGGCCUCCUGCCGGGCCUGCCCGGCCCCCUGCACCGCCUGUGUGGCGGUCCUCCAGCAGGCCGGCGACCCGGCCUGCCUGGCAUGCUCCCCGGGAUAUGCCCUGGUGCCGGCCGCCCCGGGCGGCCCGGGGUCCUGUGUCUCCUGCCCGGCCCGGUGCCUGGAAUGCUCGGACCCGGCCCGGUGCCACCGGUGCGAGGCCGGCUUCCAGCCGGACCCCUCCUCCGGGGCCUGCCUGCCGUCCUGCCCCCCGGGGACCUGGUUCCACCCGACGGCCCGGGCCUGCCAGCCCUGCGCCGGCCCCUGCGCCCGGUGCCUCGACGCCCCGGACCACUGCACCGCCUGCACCCCGGGCACCUACCUCUCGCAGGGCACCUGCGCCGGCUGCCAUGCCUCCUGCUCCGAGUGCCAGGGCGAGGCCGCCUGCACGGCCUGCGCCCCGGGGCUCGUCUUCCCCGGCCCCCCCGGGCAGUCCCUCUGCACGGAUGCCUGCCCGGCCGGGCAAUUCGCCGACCUCCCGGCCGGCCGGUGUUCGCCCUGCGUCGGCCCCUGCGCCGAGUGCCUCGGCGCCGCGGACCGCUGCACCGCCUGCCUGCCCGGGGCCUUCCCGGCCGGCGGCACUUGCGCCGCCUGCCACGGCUCCUGCGCCACCUGCCCCGGGCCCGAGGCAUGCGCCACCUGCGCCGAGGGGCACCUCUUCGCCGGGGCCCCCGGGCAGUCCCUCUGCCUGGCGGCCUGCCCGGCCGGCACCUUCCCCGACUCGGCCGCCGGCCGGUGCACCCCCUGCCAUGCCACCUGCGCCGCAUGCACCGGCGCCGCGCGGCAGUGCACCGCCUGCGCGCCGGGCUUCCGCCCGGAGGGGCCUUGGUCCGAGGCCGGCCGGUGCGUGGCCUGCCCGGAUGGGUGUGCCGGCUGCGACGCGGCCGGCCGGUGCACCGCCUGCGCGCCCGGGCUCCAGCUGACCCCGGCCGGGCAGUGCGCCUCCGACUGCCCGGCCGGGCACUACCCCCAGGCCGACGCCUGCCUGCCCUGCCACGAGUCCUGCGCCUCCUGCUCCGGGGCCCGGGCAUGCGGCACCUGCCAGCCGGGGCUCGUCUUCGCCAGCCCCGAUGGCCUGCCCUCGCUGUGUGUCUUCUCCUGCCCGGAGGGGCACUUUGCCGACCCCCAGUCCGGGCGGUGCGCCGCCUGCCAUGCCUCCUGCGCGGCCUGCACCACCGCCGCCGGCCAGUGCACCGCCUGCGCGCCGGCCUUCCGCCCGGAGGGGGCCUGGUCCACCGCCGGCCGGUGCGUGGCCUGCCCGGCCGGGUGCGCCGCCUGCGACCCGGCCGGCCGGUGCACCGCCUGCACCGGGGCCCUGCUCCUGACCCCGGGCGGGGCCUGUGAGUCGUCCUGCCCGGCCGGGCAGUUCGCCGCCUCCGGCCGCUGCCACCCCUGCCGGGCCCCCUGCGUCCAGUGCAUCGACACGGCCGACCACUGCAUCACCUGCAUCCGCGGGACCUUCCUCCGGGAGGCGGUCUGCACCGCGUGCGAUGCCUCCUGCGCGGCCUGCUCCACGGCCCAGGCCUGCAGCACCUGCGCCGAGGGGCACCUCUUCGCCGGGGCCCCCGGGCAGUCCCUCUGCCUGGCGGCCUGCCCGGCCGGCACCUUCCCCGACCCGGCCGCCGGCCGGUGCGCCCCCUGCCAUGCCUCGUGCGCGGCCUGCACCACCGCCGCCGACCAGUGCACCGCCUGUGCGCCGGCCUUCCGCCCGGAGGGGGCCUGGUCCGAGGCCGGCCGGUGCGUGGCCUGCCCGACCGCCUGCUCGGCAUGCGACCCGGCCGGCCGGUGCACCGCCUGCACCGGGGCCCUGCUGCUGGCCCCGGACGGCACCUGCGCCUCGGCCUGCCCGGCGCACACCUGGCCCGACACCGGGGCCCGCGUGUGCCGGCCCUGCCAGGCCCCAUGCUCCCGGUGCACCGGGCCCCGGGCCUGUGUCUCCUGCCUGCCCGGCACCUACCUCGACCGGGACGCCUGCCUGCCAUGCGACGCCUCGUGCGCCGCCUGCCCCGGGCCCGCGGCAUGCGACACCUGCGCCCGGGGGCUGCUCUUCGCCGGCGAGCCCGGCCACUCGCUCUGCCUGGCGGCCUGCCCGGCCGGCACCUUCCCGGCCGUCGACCGGUGCGCCGCCUGCCAUGCCACCUGCGCCGCAUGCACCGGCGCCGCGCGGCAGUGCACCGCCUGCGCUCCGCGCCACCGGCCCGAGGGGGACUGGCCGGCCGGCGGGGCCGGCGGCCGGUGCGUCCCCUGCCCGGCCGCCUGCACCGCCUGCGACCCGGCCGGCCGGUGCACCGCCUGCGCGCCCGGGCUCCAGCUGACCCCGGCCGGGCAGUGCGCCUCCGGCUGCCCGGCCGGGCACUACCCCCAGGCCGACGCCUGCCUGCCCUGCCAGGCCCCCUGUGCCGAGUGCACCGGGCCCGGGCACUGUCUCUCCUGCCCCCCGGGGGCCUUCCUCCAGCUGGACACAUGCGCCGAGUGCGAUGCCUCCUGCGCGGCCUGCUCCGACGGCCGGUCCUGCGAUGUCUGCCGGCCGGGGCACUUUUUCGCCCGGCCCGCCGGCCUGCCCGGCCUGUGCCUGGACGCCUGCCCGGCCGGCUCGCUGCCGCUGGCCGGCCACUGCACCCCCUGCCAUGCCUCGUGCGCGGCCUGCGCCACCGCCGCCGACCGGUGCACCCGCUGUGCGCCGGCCUUCCGCCCGGAGGGGGCCUGGUCCGAGGCCGGCCGGUGCGUGGCCUGCCCGGCCGGGUGCGCCGCCUGCGACCCGGCCGGCCGGUGCACCGCCUGCACCGGGGCCCUGCUCCUGGCCCCGGACGGCACCUGCGCCUCGGCCUGCCCGGCCGCCACCUUCCCCCACGACCGGGCCGUCUGCCUGCCCUGCGACCCGUCCUGCUCCCGGUGCACCGACGACCAGGCCUGCCUCGAGUGCGCCCCGGGGCUGGUCUUCCUCUCGCCCGACCCCGGGGCCCGGUCUCUCUGUGUGGGCACCUGCCCGGCGGGGUUCCUGCCCGAGGGCCCCCGGUGCCUGGCCUGCGUGGCCCCCUGUGCCCGGUGCACCGAGGCCCCGGACCGCUGCACGGCCUGCCUGCCGGGGCUCCGCCUGGCCGAGCCGGCCGAGCUGGCCGCCCAGCCGGCCGCCCAGUGUGUCCCCUGCCCGGCCGAGUGUGCCGGCUGCCUGCCGGACGGCCGGUGCACCGCCUGCCCGGAUGCCCCGGGCCCCGGGGCCCGGCCGGUCUUGUCGCCCUUCGGCCGAUGCCUGGCCCACUGCCCGGCCGGCUGGUAUGCCGACCCGGAGGCCGGCCGCUGCCGGCCCUGCAACGGCUCGUGCGCCACCUGCUCCGGGCCCUCGGCCUGCGACACCUGCCAGCCGGGGCUGGUGUUCCUGGCCCCGGGCGCCCGGCCGGCCGAGGCCCCUGACCCGGCCCCCCCCGGGCCCGGGGGCACCCUUUGCACGGACGUCUGCCCGGCCGGCCAGGUCCCCGGCCGGACGCCCGACCCGGCGGCCAGCCCGCAGUGCGUCCCCUGCGCCGGGGCCUGCGCGACGUGCGUCCACACCCCGGACCAGUGCGUGGCCUGUGCCCCCGGGCACCGGCCGCACACGCCCCACGACCUGCCCGGCGCCUGUGUCCCCUGCCCGACCGGCUGCCACGACUGCCUGGACAAUGGCCGGUGCUUGGCCUGCCUGCCGGGCUCCGGCCUGGUGUUGACCCCGGCCGGGCGAUGUGCCGCCGCCUGCCCGGACGGCUGGUUCGCCUCCGGCCACGGGCACUGCCUCCGGUGCGCCGACGAAUGUGCCACCUGCACCGGGCCGCUGCCGGCCCACUGCACGGCCUGCCGCCCGGGCGCCAGCCUCCUGCCGGCCCCCGGCCCCGGCCACUGUGCCACCCCCUGCCCGGCCGGCCACUUCCGUGAUGACACCUCCCCCGAGUGCCGGGCCUGCCACCGGGACUGUGCCUCCUGCACCGGGCCCACCUCGGGCCACUGCGUCGAGUGCUCGGCCCCCGGCCUCCUCCAGCUGGAUGGCCACUGUGUGGACGCCUGCCCCGACAGCUUCUUCCCCCAGGCCGGCCGCCGGUGCGUCCGGUGCCAUGGGGCCUGCCACGCCUGUGCCGGGCCCGGCCCGGGGGACUGUCUCUCCUGCCCGGCCGGCCUGGUGGCCCUGAGCCUGGUGGCCGCCGGCCGGCCGCGCGCUUGCGGCAGCUUCUGCCCGGCCGGCUCGGCUCUCGACCCGGAGGCCGUGGCCUGCCGCGCCUGCCCGGCCGACUGCCCGCAGUGCGACGCCGCCGGCGUCUGCCAGGCGUGCGGCCCCGGGUGGCUGCUUGCCGCCGGUGCCCCGGCCUCCGCCGGCAUCUCCGCCCCCCUGGCGGGCCCGGGCCCGGGGCCGGGCCCGCCGCAACCCGCAUGCAUCCGCGGGCCCGACUGUCCGGCCGGCGCCGCGCCGCACGGGACCCGGUGUCUUGCCUGCGCCGCCGGGUGUGCCACCUGCGCCGGGCCCGAGGCCGACCAGUGCCUCACCUGUGCCCCGGGCUUCGACACGCCCUUCGAGGGGGCCUGCCUGGCCGCCUGCCCCCAGGCCGGGUACUUCCCGCAUCCGCGCACCGGCCAGUGCGUCGGCUGCCAUGCCUCCUGCCUCGCCUGCACAUCCAUCCAGGAGGACGCCUGCACCGCCUGUCCCCCGGACCAUGCUCUCUGGCAGGGCACCUGCCUGGCCGCCUGUCCGGCCGGCACCUUCCGCCAGGCCCCCGACUCUCCGGACGCCUCGGGCUCUUCGGGCCACCAGGACGCCCCGGGCUCUUCGGGCCACCAGGACGCCCCGGGCUCUUCGGGCCACCAGGACGCCCCGGGCUCUUCGGGCCACCAGGACGCCUCGGGCUCUUCUGACCACCAAGGCGCCCCGGCCCCCCCCGGCAUGCAGGACGCCCCGGUCCCCUCCGGCUACCGGUGCAUCCCCUGUGACUCGGAGUGUGCCGGGUGCGAGGGCCCGGGCCCGGGCCACUGCACAGGCUGCCCGGCCGGGCGCCUGCUCGGGCCCGAUGGCCAUUGCCUCGACGAGUGCCCGACCGGCUUCGGGCCCUGCCAUUCGGACGGCCGGUGCAUCCGCUGCCCGGCCGGCUGCGCUCGCUGCCAGCCGGCCCCGGACCAAUGCCAGUCGGGCGUCUGCCUGGCCUGCCAGCCCGGGCUCUUCCUCGGCCUCGACAGCCAGUGCCACGACGCCUGCCCGGUGGGGGAGUUCCCGCCGGCCAGCGUGCCGGGCCAGUGCUUCCAGUGCGCCAAGGCGUGCGCCUCCUGCGCCUCCUCGGCCGAGGCGUGCACCUCCUGCGCCGAUGCCGACCACUGGCUGGUCCUCGGCACCGGCGAGUGCACCCGGGCGGCGUGCCCGGAAAUGGGCUUCGCCACUUUCCACGACCCGGCCAUCGGCCGCGUGUGCAUCCCCUGCCAUGUGGCCGGGUGCGAGUUUUGUUCCCUGCCUCCGGCUGCCGACCCGGGCUGCCGGCGUCUGGCCGACCGGGGCAUCACCUGUCCGGACCUUGACCGCUGUGACCGCUGCGCCUCCGGGCGAAGCAUCCUCCCCGGGGGCCAGGCCGCCGACCAGUGUGUGCUCGCCUGCCCCGGGGGCUUCUUCAGCUCCUCCACCCCGGGCAGCGGCGCCCUCCGGUGCAUGAACUGUGCCCCGGGCUGCAACCACUGCCAGGGGCCGCUGCCGGUCGACUGCCUCGACGAACGGCCCGAGCCCUCUUCUCGGCCGCUCGCCCUUGGUCUCGGCAUCGGCAUCGGCUCCGCCCUGCUCAUCCUGCUGAUCAUCGGCGUCAUCGUGCUGGUCAUCGUCCGGCGUCACCGGGCUCCACACUUGCUACUGCCCAAGACCACUGCCCCGGAUUACGACGCGACGGUCCUUAAUACCUUGCCGGAGCUCAGCAUGCCCGGCGCGGCCCUCGUCUCCGCCGACUACGACUUCAUCCCCAUCGAGGAGGGCAAGCUCGGCGAGGGGGCCCAGGCGUCGGUUUACUCGGCCCGCGUGGUCGGCGACGGCCUGAUCUCUCGACUCCGCUGCCCGGCCAUCGUGGCCAUCAAGCGCAGCAAGGAAUCCAUCCAGGACGACCUUCGCGACUUCCUCUUCCAAAAUGAGAUCUCCCUCAUGUGGCUCGCCCGCGGCCAGCCCAACAUCGUCCAGAUCUUCGGGUACUCCGAGCGCCCGCAGGCCCUGAUCAUGGAGAAGUUCGACUCCUGCCUACAGACGCUGCUCUUCUCCGGCGUGGCCCUCGCCAUGGACGAGUCCCUGGAUCUCAUGGCCGACAGCCUGCGCGCCUUCGAGACCCAGCAGCCCAUCCUCCCGGCACUCUACCUCCAGUCGGAUGUCUACUCCACGGCCGUGCUCCUGUGGGUGAUCCUCGCCCGGCGCGCCCCGUCCCAUGAAAAGCACCGGAAGAAGAUUUCCCGCGAUACACAGGCCGGCUGCCGCCCCGCCCCAGGGCCGGUCUUCGACCGUUGGACCGCCCCAGACGACCGAGCCGCUGCCGACCGGGUCCUGGGCCUGGUGGAGCGGGCCUGGGCCGCGGAUCCAACGCACCGACCCACGGCCGGCGCCCUGCACCGGGUCCUGGUGGACAUCCGCGCCGGCAUGGCCGGGCCUGCCCCGGCCCAGGCCGAGAGCGGCCCACCCCCCGGCCCCGGGUGAGCCCUUAGCCAUGGCCUUUUCCUCGG